CCGAAGUUUCUCACUGACACUAAUUAAAAAUGUCGUGAUUGCAUUUCUUCCAGCGUUAUCUACAAAAGCUCAAUGUGGGGCUUAAACUGCCCCAUCUCCCUUUGAAGUGUGCAGGAAACUCUGGGCGGCAUCAGAGCACGGAGGAGACAAAGUCCAUUUUGGGGACUUGGGAGCAAAAGAAAUAGCAGCAAAAGGAAACUGAAAUAAGGAUGUGCCUAGCUGGAGGUGGCUGUAACCAUGUAUGGCUGAGCUCUGCAGCAAGCAGUUCAUGCACUCCUGCCUUUAAGGCUCAGGCUUAUUGCUUCUUCUGCCUGAGGAGCCCAGUAUGUUUCCUGUCUGAGCAGCUGAGGUUUCUGCUACGUCGAGACAUCAUGAUCAAGGCAUCGAUGAGCUCUGGGAAGGCGACUCUCUUCCACCAGGAUCUGCAGAGUGGGGUCACCUAUCGGGUCCCCGCAUUGCUGUAUAUCCCCUCAGACACGCUCCUGGCAUUUGCGGAGAAGCGCUCCUCUGCCAGGGACGAGGACGCUGAGUACCUGGUGCUGAGACGAGGUCGGAAGACAGGGACAUCAGUCAAGUGGGGUCCCAGGGAGCCCUUGACGAGCGCAGUGUUACUGGGUUACCGCACGAUGAGCCCCUGCCUGGUGUACGAGCGGAAGAGUCAGACUGUCUUCCUGUUCUUCAUCUGCGUGAGGCAGCACGUCUCAGAGCAAUGGCAGAUCUGGACUGGGCAGAAUGCCGCCCGGCUGUGCUACGUCUGGAGUGGAGACGCCGGCCAGACCUGGAGCUCGUUAACGGACUUGACGGAGCAGGUGAUUGGGGAAGACUUGAAGGACUGGGCCACGUUUGCGGUGGGGCCUGGGCACGGGGUACAGCUCCGCUCUGGGCGGCUGGUGAUUCCGGCUUACGCCUACCACAUUACCGCUCGCUGCUGCCACCUGCCACUGCCCUGGGGGACCCAACCCCGGUCUUUGGUCUUUUAUAGUGACGACGGCGGGCAGCGCUGGCACAAGGGUGAGCUGAUUGAGGGCAUGAAGACGGGGGAGUGCCAGGUGGCCGAGGUAGCAUGCCAGGCCUGCGACCCUGUGCUGUACUGCAACGCCCGCACUCCCUGCCGGUGCCGGGCAGCAGCGUUCAGCACAGACCAGGGGCUCACAUUUGAGAGCCCCUCCUCAUGCAAGAAGCUGUGUGAGCCGCCUCAUGGCUGCCAGGGCAGUGUGGUGAGCUUCACACCAACAACAGGGCUUCUGGAGAUGGAUGGCGCGGAAGAGCCAGACGCCCCGGCCCAUCAGACGACCUGCCUGUUGAACGGUGAGAACACCCCCGCCACCAUCCACAGAAGCACCGUGUCGUGGCUACUUUACUCCCACCCAAUGGAUAAAUGCAAGCGAGUCGACCUGGGCAUCUACCUCAACCAGUCCCCAUUGAACGAGGCCAAGUGGGAGCACCCCUGGCUCCUGUACAAAGGGCCGUGUGGUUACUCAGACCUGGCCGUAUUACAGGAGGCAUCAGCACCGCUCUUGUUUGGCUGCCUGUUUGAGUGCGGGGUGAAUCAUGCGUGUGAGGAGAUCACCUUCCAGCUCUUCUCCUUUGAGGAUCUCCAAAGCUCCUUGGAGAAGCCUGAAUCAAAGCAAAAAUCUGACUAGCGGUGUCCUCCGGAGGAGUAAGUGAGGCGCACCCCCCCACCCCUGAAAAUCCCCAUCCCCAUGAGGCCUGGGCUUCCGAAAACAGCCUCUUCUUUUGGGUGUCUCUGGUUCCGGGUCCGGGACUUCCUAGAGCACGGGUGGGCAAACUACAGCCCGAGGAAUGAGUGUAAUAAUUUCUGUGGAGUCGUGACAACUGUUUUGUCAGGGUGGAGGUGCCAUGGCCCUGUGCUAAAAUUCUUAUGCCCUUCCAAUCGAAAUGCUUAAUGUCCACCACUACCCCUAAGUGGUUAGAAUCACAUCAACUCAUAGGUGCAGGAACUAGGAAUCUGGGGAGUGCUGCAGCAACCCCAGGUUUUACGUGUGCCCAGGAUCCCGGCUGCCAGCCCCGUGCCUCGUGGCUCUGCUCCCAGCCCCACAUGCGGGGUCCUCUCCUG